AUGGUUACAGGCGUUCUUCCGCUGGAACAUGAAGAAGUUCGGCUGCUAGUCUCUUCCAGACAUCUAAGACUAGCUUCUGAGUACUUCCUCAAGCUUUUAGCGGGCUCUUGGAAAGAAACAUCCCUGCCUAACGCUCUUCCGAUCAUUGAAGCACAGGAUUGGGAUGUGGACGCCUUUCUAAUCUUGAUGAAAGUCAUACACGGACGGUUGGACGACGUUCCAACGGUUAUAAGCCUUGAGAUGGUGGCCCAGGUUGCAGUUCUUGUCGACUACUACCAAUGCCACGAAACCAUGAAGUUCGCUUCGAAGCUUUGGUUGGAGAGGUUGAGCAAACAAGUGUUGAACGCUUGUUCUAGGCGCCUAGUUCUAAAGAUAUUUGUUGCCUGGGUCUUCGAUCAUCAAAGAUUGUUCGCAAAGGCUACAAAGAUGGCCAUUUUGACCUGCCAGGGAGUUCUUCCGACGCUGGGCCUUCCAAUUCCGGACGCCAUCAUUAGUAAGUUUUUCCAAAAUGCACACCUAUUACUAGCACAAGGCUCACAAGCAACAGAAGAGAUAGAGCGACAGAGACAAAAAAGCUUGCGCGAGAUUGCCGACACCUUGCACAGUCUCCAUGCAUAUUUAAAGGGGAGAGCAGGAUGCUCAGAAGCAUGUUCCUACAUCCUAUGCGGUGCCCUCGCCGAUGCUAUGUAUACCUCCGGUUUCCUAGCGUUGGAAUCAACAGACUUUCCCGGCCAGAGCGUGGUGUCUUUAUCCAAGGUUUCACGAGAGAUCGAGACACCUCAGUGGCAUCUGAGUAACACUAGCGAUAAAAAGGCCUGCGCCCUAUCAACUUUUCUUCGUCCAUGUAUGGAUCGCAUUGAAUAUGAUCAGGUUGGCCUAGAGCUUCAGCAGUUCAAAAGAUAG